AAAAAAUUAGGUUACGGAGGUCAUGCACUGGAUUUGAAAGGUAGAAAUGGCUUUCAAUUUCUUUGAGUAAGAAAAAAAAAUUAGGUUCUGAAUGGAAUUCACUGCGUUUAGAGCUGCACAAGAUUUGUUAAUCUCGAAUUCUGGUUUGUGCGAGUAAGAUGGGAGAAGUGGUAGAGAAUGAGAUUGAAGAACCCAACGUGAAGAGAGCAAAGCAGAGUGAGAACAAUGAAGACAGGCUCAGUGAUUUGCCUGAUUGCGUCCUCAUUCACUUGAUGUCAUUUGUACCAACAAAAGACGCUGUUCGAACUUGCGUGUUGUCAAGAAGAUGGAAAAACCUCUGGAAGCGGCUUCCUACGCUCAUUUUACAUUCCUCACAUUUCGGAUUAAAGGCACUUUUCAACAAAUUUGUGCCAAAGGUUCUAUCUUUCCGUGAUGACUCUGUUCCAGUCCACCAUUUUGACUUCUAUGCUAAUUGGCGUGUUCCUCCCCAACUUGUGAAAAGUUUUUUGAGUUAUGUUUUAUCGCAUAAUGUCCAGCGAUUAAAACUCGCUGUUAAUUGUAAUAUCUAUUUGCCACCUGGCUUGUUUUUCUGUCAGACAUUAACAUCACUUGAUCUUUCAGUUUUCAACAGAUUUAACUCAUUUCCAACGUCUCUGAACUUGCCAGCUUUAACUAGUUUGCGUCUUUAUAACUUCGUCUUUGGUGACAGUGAAUUGCUGGAACCCUUUUCGUCAUGUACUAAGUUGAUGACUUUGGUCAUUCACAAUUGUGAUGUAAUGGAUACACAAACGCUCUGCAUUUCAAAUGCUACUCUUGUCAAUUUGACCGUACAUGAUAGUACCCACCAAGCUUACAGCCUUGUGCUAUCAACUCCCAACCUUUGCUCUUUUGUUUUCUCGGGUGUUCCUGCCCAGCAAAUCUCUGGUAGCCUUCAUUCUUGGUCUCUCAGCGUUCUUUCUUUAGUUAAAGAAGUAAAUAUUGAUGUCGACGAUUGGUUCGUAUCAAGUUACUUGGAAUCAGUAGCUCUUAAAGAAGAAAAUAUUAAUGUUGAUGAAUCCCCUUACCUGGAAACAGCUUUUACCAUGAAUUGUUGGCUGCAAGUAUUUGCCAACGUAACAACAUUAACACUCUCUUCAAGUACUCUUCAGAUUUUCUCCAUAAUCUCAGAUUAUGUGAAGAUGGCCCCUUCCAUGAGUAAAUUGAUGUCAUUGAUAGUGAAAGUGAAGAAGCCUCCCUAUCAAAAGCCACAAAAAGCUUCCAAAUCAAGGAAAGCACAAUUGAAACCGUAUUCACCUGUACCUGAAGAAGUAGUGGAUUACCUGAUUCAAGACUCCCCAUCUGUGGGGAUUACUAUCAUAGAUUCUCAAAGAGCAUUUGUCAGCUACUUGAAGAGUACCAAGCUUCCGUCCAGCCAGCUUGCAGGUGUUUAUGAAGAUGAACUCGCCGAAAUGCGAACGGUGAUUUCUAAAUUUGAGGCCGACCUGCAGGAGCUAAAGGAGAAAAGGGAACAUAUGGAUAAUAUGAUGCAAACGGUGAUGUCUAAAUUUGAGGCCGACCUGCAGGAGCUAAAGGAGAAAAUGGAACAUAUGGAUAAUAAGUUGAAGCUGGAAAAGAUGGAGAAGGAGAAGGAGAAGGAGAAGGAGAAGAAGAAGCAGAGAAAGAGGAAGAAGAAGAAGACUCUGUAGAGUCUUCUUUACCUGGAGAUGAUUCAUCCCCAUCCCCAUCCUUUUCCCCUUCCUACACCCCUAUCUCAUGAUGUAUUUGAAACAUUUGUUUAUGAUUACUUUUAUUAUUGAUAUAUUUUUGUAAUUUUAAGGGAUUGUAAUUUGUUACUUAUUUCGUUUUAAUGAUACCUUUAACUAUCUUUGUAUGGAUUGGGUUUGGAGAUCUACACACACGUUUGCGUGUGAGCUAAUUGAAAAUGAGA